GUUGUGGGUCUUUGACAUCGCCCUUCGAUCAUAAAUCACGCAUUAAUUCACAUAUCGUUUACCUCUUUAUCGUAUGAAAAUAAUGGAGAUUAUUAGGGGGAGGUUAAGAGUUGGCGUCAGGCAAAGCCUUAGGAACUCCUGCUUUAUGGUGUCUGCGCCACUUAACGAGCGAGAGAGUUUUCUGACUUUAUCUUCACCUAAUCUGAUAAUAACUGCGUCUCUCGUGAUUCUUUUUUGCUGAACAUUUUAAGAGACCAAUCAUAGGUUUCCGAAUGUUGUAAAAAGCUUUAUGUUAAUACUGGAAAUCUGAAAUAACCAUUAUUCUGUGAUCGUUGGUUUCAGUGCAAAUCAAGUGUUUUUUAAUCGCGUUUUUAAGUAAUUUGAAACUCACCCCUUGUUGUUUUUAAAUAAAAUAUGCUUGCGUAGAUCAAUCAAACUGGCUAUACCAGAGAGACAAUGUGGGGAACCUUACAGACAUAUCACAAAAUCUACUACAGAUAGAUAACUAUCUUUAUAGCUUUAGAAGGUUUUUAACUUUAUCAGAGACAGUAGCUUCUUAAUGUAAUGCUGCACUUUAAAAGUAAUAGUCCUUCCCUUAAAACACGUUUAAACUUGGCAAUUUUUGCUUAAACAGGGGAAGGAACCUUUGAAAACUUGUGAAUUGCAGGAUGGGGUUCCUUAUUUUUUCAUAUAUUUUCAGUCUCCUCUAAUGAAAGAAUAAUGUUUUCUGACAAUGCGAUACAUACACCUGUUACAGGCCAGGCUGUCAUUGUUUAUUGAUCCAGGCCAUAAACAAUAGAUCAUUGUUUAUGGCCUGGAGCUCACAGAAGCAGUGAGCUGGGUGUACUGUAUGUUGGGCAUCACCCUAGGUGUAGGAGUCUGAUGGCCGAGAGUCCAGUCCAGUGGAUCAUCAGCAUCUCAAAUCUGAUCCUGUUUCUCUCCUCAUUGUACUCGGCUCGCCAGCUUGUAAAGGACCACAGAGCACCUGCACUAGGAUUUUUCCUGCUGGCGUCCUGCGCUGCAGUGGGGGUCCUACCCGCCUCCAGUCCAGCCUUAGAGGCAUUUCGGUGGGAGGCAGCGUGGGCCAGCUGGGUGCUGUCACCAGCGCUGGUAACCUUUGGGUUCCUGUGGCUCAGCGAGGAUCGCUCCACGGCCUACACUCUGCUGGGGGGAGCCACCCUGCUCACGGCACUCUGUGAUUGGCUGUCCGAAGAGGGCGUGGCAGUGAUGUCACGCUGUGUGGCUUUAUCUUCACUGGCAUGUUCGCUCACUGUCUGUCUCUUCACCACAAACCAUGCUGGGGCACUUGGGAGUCUGGCCCUGAGCCUGCCUGCCUUGUUGACCCCUGGGGUCAGAGGUCAGGCUCUCAUUCCACUGAUUACAGUUGAAGCCUCAGAGGUUAUCCUGAACAGCCUGAUGUCACUGGGGAGCUUUGCAACAGAGAGAGCUCUGUGCAAGUACCUACAGGAGCUCAAGGGCCAGAGUUGAAAUAGUACUACAUUAGGGUGGUGGACCAUGGAGUAAGGGCUGAUGUUCGUUUUCAAUGUCUUGACAGAAGUAUGAAGCCACCCCUAUACUAAUUUAUACUAGUAUAGUACUGUAUAUAAUACCCUUGGUACCUAGGUUUAUAAACGCAGAUGUCUUAAGCUUGAGAGCAGCCUGUCACAUUGAGCUGCAAUUGUAGGACUGAAGGUACAUUCCACAUCCCUAAGUUGUCAGCUUGGAAAGGGAAAUUGAUUCAACGAUGAUUUUUCAUUCUGGUAUCCAUAAUUGUGGAGCCAGCACAACAUCAUCUUGAAAAACUAGCAAGAAAGGAAGAAUCUUCUGGCUAACCCCAAGCAAUUCUAUUGCAAAGCUGUCUCAUCAAAAGCUAUUCUAGUGUUCAAAACAAAAUCAUAUCUCCAAGCAUCUUAACAGCAUGUCUCUCACAUUUGUGACAUUUUAUCCUAUUGAUAGCAUAUUAGGCAUAUUAGGCAAUGAUGGCAUAGAAUAUUGAAGCCUGAUAGUACUGUCAUACAAACAUAUGUAAAAUUGAAAUGAGGUUAGGUUCAGGCAAUUGGAAAUCCAAUUAAAUCCAGUUUUUCAAAAAUCUAGUUUUGAAAGCUGUUGGUUUUUGUCUGUUGUUUAAGUUAAGAAAAGAAUUUUCCUGCAUGUCACCUUCUUGAAGGUUUUGCGCAGUGUCACUUGUAGUGGUCUUCAAUAAAAGAUAGAACCUUUAGGCGUAAUGUUCUUACCAGAUUAAUUUUCCUGAACAAGGGAUUUUAUUAGUGACAUUAUAGAUGGUGACAUUGGACAUGGACAUGAGAUUACCAGCAAGUCAGAUGUUGGUCUGGACUCUUCAACACACAACUUUUCAGUCUGUUUCUGUUGAUUGUGCCUUCCAAAUCAAAUUUCCAAAAACCUUGUCCUUUCUUGCAAACUGCCCCUGUGAAGGGUAAUUAUGGGUACAUGGUCAUUAAUUCAGUAGUCUGUAGUAUACACACCUCCUCUAGUGUCUGUCUUUUUUAUUUUGAUUUCUACAUACUGUAGGUUAUUAAUGCCAGUUACUUAAGAUGCCAAAAGCUGUUUACAGCCACCUACAGUAAGUAGAAUGUAUACACUUGGAAAGUGAAAAAUACAAUGUCCGAAAAUGGGGAAAAUCUAUUGUCAUGUUUAAUUAUUAAUUUAUUUAACUUAUACUCUUUCCUAAAGUAACUUGCAUUGGUGCCAUUUUAUAAUGCUAGGUACUUUAUAUUGUACAAAGGUAUAACAGUAGUGUCCUACUUUUAUUAUAAUCCACAACCUUCCCUGCAGGAGAUUAGAGUCCUAACCCCUACUCCUCCAUACGGCUUUCUGUUGAAGUGGUCAAUUUACCUCUUGCAAAAGGCAAUUAUCUGUCAGUAACAUAUUAAUACACUCUAUAUACAUUAAAACGUUAAAAUGACUCCAGAGUAUUUUGUCUUCUUCCUCGUGCCUUUGUCAUGAACCCACUUACCAAACAAAUUUGCUGUUUUCCCAUAGUAAUGAGUGGAGUGACCACUGUAUGUUCAGCAUCCACAGUGAGUCUGGUUAAACACUUUGACAUGGCAAUACUUCGGUUUUUAAAGAUAGUAUAAUUAGAAGUGUGCAUACUGUAUCUGAUGCAGCAGAAUGUUUCCUCAGAAAGCCAUGACUGGGUUAAGAAGCAAUACAGCAAUUAUGCAGUACUAGUUAAUCUUAUUGUAACAGCAUUUAGGACUCUGACAUGUUAAGCGAGUCUUAAUAAAUUCUGUAUUUCAGUCAUUCUGGUACUGUUCUGUUUUAGGAGGAGAUUGUGUGUCGUUGUAUAGAGAAUUUUACUCUCAUGGCAAGUAAAUAUAUUUCAUGUUUCUCUCAGAAAAGGUUUCUCACAAUGUUAAUAAAAUAGUUUGUUUCUGAUAGGGAGGUCAUGUGUUAUUUCUGACCCAAGAAAACCAUCCUGGUUAUCUUUUUAAAUGUUUUAGUAACAACAGAGUUUAAAUUAUUUUUAAUGUUUUUUUUUUCCUUUUAACUUUUGUUUUAAAAGCAGAGAUUUUACCUGCACUGCUUAUGCUGUUUGUGCUGAAAAAAAGGCUGAAAAUCAAAUUGGACACAUUUAUUAUGUGUCAGAUUUAAUUUUUAUAAAAUUAAUGGAACAGUAUGAAAAGAGGAGACUAUACCUUUCCAUUUUAUCGAUGCAUGGUUGAAGGUUUAUGCUCCAGUGAUAUGGUGUAGCAGCUAUAUGCAUUCCUCUAUUGUUUAUCCUAAACAAUACCACAUUAGGUGGAACAUGAGUAAUGAAGUCACAAAAUGCAAGAAAUUUACAAAUAAAAUGUGUCUUUCCUACUACCGUUUUUUGGAAAUUUAUUAACUGAAUGUGCACUAAAUAUAACUGCUUGAAUUGUGCUCUAAACAGAUAUUUUAAUCCAGGACCUAAGAGAAAGCAAUGCUGACUGCCUCACUGAUACGACAUCACUGAAUUCAGAAAUACAUCCUCAAUUUAAAUGUUUGAAAAUACCUUCUAACAUACACAUCUUGUGUUGUCCAUUACAAUAAAGGCUUCAGUAUUUGCCUUACAGAGCAGAGAUUGUUGUUGUUUCUCAUCCUAAUAAAGUAUUUCAUUUCUCA